CUCAUCGAAUCCAAUUGGAAAUCCAAUUGCGCGGGCAUUCAAUCAAUUGGAUUUCAAUGCUUGUCACGCACAGAUGGCGCUUUUGUCGUUGCUGCUCGGCCUGGGACUGUGCCUGUGCCUGUUGCUGUGCCUGUUGCUGUGGCGCAUGCGACAGCUGCUGCAGCUGGGGAGCAGCCUGCCCGGGCCGUGGGCCCUGCCCGGCUUGGGCAAUGCCCAAAUGAUUGGCAAGCUGAAGCCAGAGUUCAUCUUUCUGGUGUUUACAGAGCUGCGCGAACGCUUUGGCGCCACCUACCGCCUCUGGGUGGGCCCCCAGCUGUGGGUCUUUCUGCACAGCCCCGAGGAGACGCGCCAGGCGCUCCACGAUCCCACGCUGCGCAAGGCGGCCACAUUCCAACAGCUCUCGCCGCUCAUUGGCAACGGCCUGCUGAUCAGCCAUGGCCCCGAAUGGGCCGCACAGCGGCGCCUCCUCACGCCGGCCCUUCAGCCACAGCUGCUGCGCAGCUUUGCUCCAAAGGUGGCGGCGCAUGCGGAUCGCCUGCUCGAGAGACUGCAGCGGACAGGCGGCGCUGCCAUCGAGGUGACGGAUCAUCUGUUUGCCUGCCUGCUGGAUGCGAUUGUCGACACCUCAAUGGGACAUCGGCUGGAUACGCAGCUGGUGGAGCACUCGCAGAUUGUGGCGGCCUUUCAUCGCAGCGGCGAGCUGCUGUUCAAGCGAAUGAUCAAUCCUCUGCUGUCCUCCGACUUUGUGUUCAGGCGCACGCGUCUUUGGCGCGAGCUGUGCGUCCAGCUGCAGCUGAUACACGAGCUCAUGGAGCGGGUCAUCCAGCAGCGCGAGAGACAGCUACGUGGGGAGCAGCUGGCGGAGCCGCAGGCCAAGCCACGCAUCCUGCUGGAUGCCAUGUUGCUGGCGGGGCUGAGUCGUCGCCAGAUACGCGACGAGGUCAACACGUUUGUCUUUGCGGGCGUGGACACCACAACGGCAGCCAUGGGCUUUGUGCUGUACGCGCUGGCCAAGCAGCCGUCGGCACAGGAGCGUCUGCACGCGGAACUGUCAGAGCUGCCGCCCGGCGGCGCAGCGGAUCUGGAUGCGCUCCAUAAGCUAUGCUAUCUGGACGCGGUGCUCAAGGAGGUGCUGCGCAUGUACACCAUAGUGCCCAGCACGGGGCGCCAGACAACCAAGGCGACAACAAUUGGAGGGCGUCGCUACUGCGCCGGCGUCACGCUCUGGAUCAAUAUGUACGGCCUGGCCCAUGAUGCACGCUACUUUCCGGAGCCCUACGAGUUCCGGCCAGAGCGCUGGCUGCCGGCGCACACGGAGUCGGAAGCGGCGGCAUCUCCCUACAGCUAUAUACCGUAUUCGGGUGGCCCGCAUGUCUGCAUUGGACGCAGGUACUCGCUGCUGCUGAUGAAGCUGCUCACCGCUCGCAUUGUCGAGCGUUUCCGCUUGGAGCUAGCCGAGCCGCAGGCGCCGCUGGUCCUGCAGGCCCAAAUGGUGUUGCGCUCCCGAGAUGGCAUAAACGUUAAGUUUUUGCCACGCUCCGAGUCCGAGUGAUCUAGGGAAGAGUGCCCGACUACGAGCUACCCUGUAGCCUGCACCCUGUAGCCUUAUACGCCGCAAACUGAAAAUGUUUUCGCUUACCUUCAAUUUAGCACUAUGAAAAUAUGUUUUUAAAUCAAUUCCGUAGUUUCUAUCGAAUCAUUCAUCAAAAUUGUCAACCCACAUAGAUGGCAUUCAAAUAUUAUUAUCGAUAUUUAUCGAUCUACUAUUGAAAAUCAUUCAAAAUGAAAAGUCUGUUCUUAUAUAUUUUCGAAAAGCGUUUACUUCUUUUAUUAAAAUUCCAUUCAAUUCAAUUAAACCGAACAACGCCGGGUAAUUUGUUAUCAAUAUCUAACGCCCGCUAGUAAAGAAUCUUAAAUUGAUGUACAUUGUAGGGUUUUCUAGGCGACCGGAAAGAGUCAAAUACUAAACAAAUAUAUAUAGCA